AAAGAGAAUGAUAAUUUCAAAAUAUCCUAGGUAUCUCUUUCACUCCUUUCUCACGCCCACCCAACCCCGAUCCACCCCUGAUCGGCGCCCAUCCCACCCAUUCCGACCGGCGCUGCAUAGAUCAGCAGCAGCAGGAGGUCGCGCCACCUUCCCCGACCGGAGCUCCGUGCGCCUCGAUCAGCAGCAGCAGCAGCAGGAGGAGGAGGUCGCAGCAUCACCGCAGAGGCGGCAGCAGCAACAGCAAAUUCCGGCAGAUUAGUGAUUUAGCUUCAGCCGGAAAUUGAUCUUCAAUGUCAGGAGAAGUUCAGAUGAGUUCAGAAAAGCAACCACGAAGAGGACUGUCAUGCACCCGUUACUUCGAUGCACUCUGGUUCUGCUACUCUCCCGUCCAUCAGAUGCAGCAAUAUUAUAGACUUGGUGCCCUUGAUAAUUGUAGUAAGAAAUGGAGUGGUCUCGUUGAUUGUCUGACUUUAAAAACCAAAAGGUCUUCUGAAGUGGAGGAAAUUUUAGAAACACGCGAGAAAGCGAAGCCUCACCUGUGGUCAACACGAACCCCUGAAGAAGCCGCAGCUUAUUGGAGCGAACUCUUUGACCAUCUAGAUGAAGAGUAAAACUCUUAAGACCUUUUCAUCAGACAUUUGCUCAAUCAAUACGAGAAAGUUUAUUAUAUCAUUUGAAAUAAUCUUCUCCCCAAUGAUGCUUGUUUCAAACAUGUCUUAGAGGCACCAUGGUUAUCAAAGUGGGUUUCUAAAGAGGCACCAGUUUAGGAAUGUUUAGAAUAGGAACAUUGUGUAGGAAAAUCUUCUUUUUCCUUGAGUGAUUGAAGCAGCAUAAACAAAUUCCAACAAUCUUAAACGUCAGAGUAACACCACCUUCUGAUUCAGAUGAACUGUGGAGCUUAUCAUUGCAUUAUAAAGAGAUGGAACAAAACACUAUUCAUCUUUCUUUCUUUGA